AGACAAUCUGAGAAUUUUCUCUGCAGAAUCCAUCUAUCCUGGUACUGUAUAAAAAUUUCAUUUUGCCAUGUCUCUCAUACGCUGGCAAUCUUUGUUGUUGACCUUUUUGGCCACGUAAAUAUUUCUCUCCAUGCAUGUUGUAGGGUUGGUGUGUAAAAGGAAUCUGGAUCCCAUUAUUUUUGUUAAAUCUUUGCAUGUAAAGCCAGGCUUGUGUUCAACUAAUGCUGUUUCUUCUUGUGGGAUUUUAUGUCUCUCCCUCUAUUAUCUUAGGCCUAAUAGGAAUACUGAUAGUUUUUGUGAUAGUCUUUGCAUUGAAGUAUCUUGUAUUUCACAUAAAGGAGUCGAUCCUGGAGGAUCAAAAGCCUCCAAUUGCGGGUCCAAUUCUAAAUUACCUUGUACACUUCAAUAGACUUUUCGAUUAUCAAACAUCUAUUGCUAAGAAACAUAGCACUUUUCGUCUGAUUACGCCUUCGCAUAGUGAAAUUUACACGGUCGAUCCCCUUAAUGUUGAAUAUAUACUGAUAACCAAGUUCUCCAAUUACGAAAAGGUGUCAGGCACUUGUUAUUAUCUUAGACUUUAUCAGUUUGUUAUGGAAAUUAACAGUGCAAUUUGGUUGUCAUGAUGUUGCAGGGUGCCUAUAAUUAUGGGAUAAUGAGAGAUCUAUUUGGUGAUGGGAUUUUCGCAGUAGAUGGACAUAAAUCGCGUCACCAGCGGAAGCUUGCAAGCUAUGAAUUCUCAACAAGAGUUCUGAGAGAUUUAAGUAGUGCUGUUUUUCGGACUAAUGCUGCAAAAUUAGUUUCAAAGAUUACUGUUGCAGCAACAGCUUUGAAGAGCAUAGAUUUGCAGGAUAUGCUAAUGAAAUCGACCUUAGACUCAAUAUUUAAAGUGGGAUUUGGGUUUGAGCUGAAUGCUUUGUCUGGCUUGGAUGAAUUUGGAAGCAGGUUCACCAAAGCCUUUGAUGACUCUAAUAGUAUCAUAUUUUGGCGAUAUGUUGAUCUAAUAUGGGGGCUCAAAAGAUUCCUUAAUAUUGGUUCAGAAGCCUCUCUUAAGCAAAAUAUCAAAGUCAUCAAUGAUUUCAUUUUCGAAUUGAUUCGGUGCAAGAGAGAGCAGAUGAAAACUGGAAAGCUUGAAGCAAGGGAGGAAGAUAUUCUAUCAAGGUUUUUGUUGGAGAGUGAAAAGGAUCCAGAGAACAUGACUGAUCAGUAUUUAAGAGAUAUAACUCUCAAUUUCAUCAUAGCUGGAAAAGACACAUCUGCAAAUACACUUGCAUGGUUCUUUUACAUGCUCUGUAAACAUCCUCUAGUUCAAGAGAAGGUUGUACAAGAAGUCAGAGAAGCAGUUAGAAUUAAGGAAAGUAUGUCUGCUGAUGAAUUUUCGAAAUUGAUGACUGAAGAAGCCCUGGACAAGAUGCAAUACCUUCAUGCAUCUCUGACAGAAACUCUCAGACUCUAUCCAGCUGUUCCUCUGGAUGGAAAGAGUGCUGCAGAGGAUGAGAUUCUUCCUAAUGGCUUCAAGGUGAAGAAAGGAGACGGCAUAACCUACAUGGCUUAUGUGAUGGGAAGGAUGAAAAACAUUUGGGGAGACGAUGCUGAGGAAUUUCAUCCAGAACGAUGGCUUCAUGAUGGCAUCUUUCUGUUAGAGAAUAAUAUAAAUCAUAUCCUGGGACCUCACCUAAUAGCUUAAGCUUUUGGGUUGAGAUGGUUCUUUGACAUGGUAUCAGAGCCUUGAUGACCAAGCGGUCACGAGUUCGAAUCUCACCAUCCCCAUUUAUUUGAUAAAAAUUAAGCACAAGGUAAUGUGGGCCUGUGCAAGUUUCAAGCUCAAAGGGCUUUCACUUGAGGGGGUGUGUUAGAGAAUAAUAUAAAUCAUAUCCUGGGACCUCACCUAAUAGCUUAAGCUUUUGGGUUGAGAUGGUUCUUUGACACUUUCAACCAGAAAGUCCUUUCAAAUUUACGGCAGUUCAUGCUGGCCCUCGCAUUUGCCUAGGGAAGGAAUUUGCUGACAGGCAAAUGAAGAUCUUGGCUGCUGUUCUCCUCUACUUCUUUAGGUUCAAACUUGUGGAUGCGAGGAAGGAAGCUACAUAUCGAACAAUGUUUACCCUUCACUUAGAUAAAGGGCUACAUGCAUCUAUAUGCAUCUCCAGGCUGUAAAACUCACGUGUUAAGUGUGUGCUAAUGUUUUCUUCUUUGCCU